AUGCUCUGCGAUCGGCUGAUCCCUCUCCUGGGCCUGCUUAGCGGGGUCUGGCUGCCCACAAGUUCAGGGAGGCCUGGAUUCUGGAACCCCCGUCAGUCUUGGGUUGCAACCAAUCAGACCCGGCCUUGGGUCAACCUCUUGCAGCCAUGGUCAUCCUUUGGUACCUGGAUGGCUUUCCUGGGGUUGCAAAAAACCAGGCAGCUGAGGAUGAGCCAGCUGCAGCAGGGGCAGGAAGUGGCCCCUGCUGUGUCCCUACCCCUGGACCCACGGGAAGUGACCCGUGAGACUUGUAAAGCUGUGUCCUUUAUCCAGAUUCUCUCGAGGCCCGGCUGCACCCCUGCCCGGAUCCGCAAUCGCCUCUGCUUUGGCCGAUGCUCCUCCCUCUACGUCCCCGGCUCGGGUGCCACCCCGCGGGGCCUCAGCAACAGCUGCGAGCCGGCUCGCCGACGCCGCGUGCCGGUGGUGCUGUGGUGUCGCGCGGGCAGCCCAGCCUGGCGCCGGCGGGUGAAGGUGUCCACCGAGCUGGUCCGGGACUGUCAGUGCGUCCCCAAGCUCUGA